GGAAGAGUACUCAGAGAGUCGCCGGACUCGAGUGAAUCUGGUGAGUCGGACGGGUCUGACAGUUCAGAUAAAAGCGCAGGAUCGAGUCAGAGUAAUUCCACAUCUGGGUCGGUGGAUCCGAAGACACGACGAUCGAAUGCGAUACGUGGAAGUGCUGAAGCGAUCAAAGUGGUGGACGCAGAAGCCGCACCAGUGUUACUGCGUUCGACCAAGUAUUGUUCGUCAACUAGUAGGCCAGCACUGAUUUUUGACGAUCAAGCCGCUCUUACGGGUACAAAUUUGCUCGUUAUAGUGAAUUUUAUUGGCUUUAUCGAAUGA